AUGGAUCUGGAUAAACACUCCGUCUGGGGCUCCCUGAAACAGCGGACCAGACCCUUGCUAAUCAACUUGAGCAAGAAGAAGGUGAAAAAGAACCCAAGCAAACCCCUGGACUUAAGGGCAAGGCAUCACCUGGACCGGCGGCUCAGCCUCUCGGUGCCCGACCUCCUGGAGGCCGAAGCCUUGGCUCCGGUGGGGCGGCCUUACUCGGGGCCCCAGUCAUCCUACACCUCGGUGCCCAGCAGCCUGUCCACCGCAGGGCUGCUGCCUAAGAGCAGCAGCAGCUCCUUGAAGCAGUCCGAGGAAGAGCUGGAGUGGAGCCAGGAGGAGAGCAGCCACCUGCAGGUGGAGGAGACGGACUCCGAGGAGGCCCGGGCCUCCCCAGCUGCACACAGGCGGGCGUCCGGCCAGGGGACCUGCGAGGCCCAGAAAACCCCCUUUGGCCACGAAGCUCCAGAGGAGCUCGAGAAGCUCGGUGGAACGAGGGACCUGAAUGCCUCUAUGACAUCUCCGAAUUUUGAAGAUCAAUCUACUGUUGGGGAAGCAGGCGACUGCGUGAGCAGCCUCCAGAACCCCUUUGCCUACCUCCUCACCAUACACCUGAAGGAAGGCCGCAACCUGGUUGUGCGGGAUCGCUGUGGCACAAGUGAUCCCUAUGUGAAAUUUAAGCUGAAUGGGAAGACACUUUACAAAAGCAAAGUGGUGUAUAAGAACUUGAACCCCAUUUGGGAUGAGAUAGUUGUGUUACCAAUCCAAAGCCUUGAUCAGAAGCUACGUGUGAAGGUGUAUGAUCGAGACUUGACCACAUCUGAUUUCAUGGGCUCUGCAUUUGUUAUUCUCAGUGAUCUUGAACUUAACAGGACAACUGAACAUAUUUUAAAAUUGGAAGAUCCAAACAGUUUGGAAGAUGACAUGGGAGUGAUCGUGCUCAGUUUAAAUUUAGUAGUGAAACAAGGUGACUUCAAGAGACACCAGUGGUCAAAUCGGAAGCGGUUAAGUGCCAGCAAGUCCUCUUUGAUACGCAACCUACGGCUCUCAGAGUCCUUGAAAAAGAACCAACUCUGGAACGGGAUUAUAAGUAUCACGCUGCUGGAAGGCAGGAACGUCUCGUAUGGGAGCAUGGCCGAGAUGUUUGUUCAGUUAAAACUGGGAGACCAGAGGUAUAAGAGUAAGACACUGUGUAAGAGUGCAAAUCCGCAGUGGCAGGAACAGUUUGACUUUCACUACUUCUCUGACAGGAUGGGCAUUUUGGACAUUGAAGUGUGGGCAAAGGACAGCAAAAAGCACCAGGAACGUCUGGGCACGUGUAAAGUGGACAUCUCUGCACUCCCGCUGAAGCAGGACAACUGCUUGGAGCUGCCACUGGACAACUGUGUGGGAGCCCUCCUCCUGCUAAUCACACUGACGCCCUGUGCAGGCGUCUCCAUCUCUGAUCUGUGUGUCUGCCCGUUAGCAGACCCCAGCGAGAGGGAGCAGAUCACUCAGAGAUAUUGCUGGCAGAACUCCCUGAGAGAUAUGAAGGACGUUGGGAUUUUACAAGUGAAGGUUUUAAAGGCAGUGGAUCUCCUAGCCGCAGAUUUCCCAGGCAAGAGUGACCCUUUCUGCCUGCUGGAGUUAGGCAACGACCGGCUUCAGACGCACACCAUUUACAAAACUCUCAACCCCGAGUGGAACAAAGUUUUCACAUUCCCCAUUAAAGAUAUCCAUGAUGUUUUGGAAGUGACAGUGUUUGAUGAAGAUGGAGAUAAACCCCCAGAUUUUCUUGGAAAAGUUGCCAUUCCCUUGCUAUCUAUUAGAGAUGGGCAGCCAAACUGUUAUGUGCUGAAAAAUAAAGAUUUAGAGCAAGCUUUCAAAGGAGCAAUUUACUUAGAGAUGGACCUCAUAUAUAAUCCGGUCAAGGCAAGCAUCAGGACCUUCACCCCCAGAGAAAAGCGCUUUGUUGAAGACAGCCGCAAGCUGUCCAAAAAGAUCUUAUCGAGAGACGUGGACCGCGUGAAGAGGAUCACCGUGGCGAUAUGGAACACGGUCCAGUUUCUCAAGAGCUGUUUCCAGUGGGAAUCCACAUCAAGAAGUGCGGCAGCCUUCGUGGUGUUUUUGGUCACCGUCUGGAACUUUGAGCUGUACAUGAUCCCCUUGGCUUUGCUGCUGCUCUUUGUCUACAAUUUCCUCAGACCCAUGAAAGGCAGAGUCGGCAGCAUCCAGGAGAGCCAGGAGACCCCAGACCUGGAGGAGGAGGAGGAUGAAGAUGACAAGGAGUCUGAGAAAAAGGGGUUUAUUGAAAGAAUCUACAUGGUACAAGAUAUUGUUUCAACUGUCCAGAACAUCUUGGAGGAAGUAGCUUGUUUUGGAGAAAGAAUUAAAAACACGUUUAACUGGACGGUCCCGUUCCUCUCGCUGCUGGCCUGUCUGCUGCUGCUGGUAGCCACCGUCGCUUUGUACUUCAUUCCGCUGCGGUACAUCAUUUUAAUCUGGGGCAUAAACAAGUUUACUAAGAAGCUUCGAAAUCCCUAUUCCAUCGACAAUAAUGAGCUACUAGACUUCCUCUCCAGGGUACCGUCUGAUGUUCAAAAGGUGCAGUACGCAGAAUUGAGACCCUGUGGUAACCACAGCCCCGUUCGGAAGAAGCGCAGUGCUCUCUAG